AUGCUGUCUUCCAGUAUUGCUUUGGUACUGUGGCUUGCCUCAAUAGCUGCUGCACAAGGAGACCCCAAGAACUCCCAAUGCUACGGGGAUUGGUGGAUGGGAUAUUGCUAUUACGAAAGCAAAACGCUUCUUGUCACCCAGCUGACCAUUGAAGAGAAGGCCGGCCUCUGUACUGGCAAUGGCUUCCCUCCUAACCCAGACAAGCCGGAUCUCCUAUGCCAGGGCCAAACCCAGCAAAUCCCUCGUCUAAACUUCACUGACCUUUGCUACAUCGACAGUGACAUAGGCAUUGGAAAUUCACAUUCCGUAAUCCAAACGCGAUCAAAUCAAGACCUUACACUUGUCGAUUGGUCUUUGAGCUCUAAUCUAACAUUCGCCAAGACUGUAGCCAAACGCGGCACAGUAUGCAUCCCCGUUGUGGCUUCGUCUUCAGGCGAAGGUGUCGAUCGAAAUAUAGCCCUUAUGCACAGAGGUGACGCGCUGGUUAAUACUGUUGCGGACAACUGUGACACCACAAUUGUGGUUGUUGAAUCAGUCGGCCCUGUUGACAUGGAGUAUAUAAGGAACGGCAUCAAUCCUCCCUUUGCAUUCGGCCAUGGUCUAUCCUAUUCGGCAUUCACCUACACGAGUCUAGAGGUCUCAAAGCAUGGUGGGCUCGCUGCGGCCCUGGAAACCCCAAUUGAAUAUGUUGGAAAUGCACCAGGAGGAGAUAUGGCGCUAUACGACGUGGCAAUCAUCGCCGAGGUGACGAUUCGAAACGAAGGACCCUAUGACGGCACUGAAAUCUCACAGCUUUUAUCUCGAAAUGCCCAAGCAAGCGGGAAAUCCAACCAAGGUCCUCCGGGGCUUCGUCUCUAUCCCCAUCCGCGAUGGAGAAACUCAAACCCGCAAGAUUUACCCUACCCGGAAGGAUAUCAGCUACUGGAACGUUAUGAAGCAGACAUGGGGUAA